AGUUCCACUGCCCACGGAGCUCCCGCUGCUGUAGCCCUGCCCAGUGCUGAGUGGCACCAUGGGUACACCCGGCACAGCCCAGCUCUGUGGCCACAUCCCCGUGCCAGGACAUGGCAUGGAGAGCAAGCGCAUGGUGGUCACUGUGCUGGUGGCCAGCACAAGCUAAGUUUAGCUCAGGCCACUGUAAGAGGUUGGGGACAAAUUGUGCCAAAAGGCUUUUGCUGGGGUUGCAGAUGUCGGGACAGCCUGUGCAGCCGUGGUGCAGCCGGGGAUGGCUGCUUGCAUUGAGCCCCCCAGGCUGCUGUGCUCGCCUGCUCUGCCUCCCCCGCAGCGCCCAGGGCUGACAGGGCUGCAGCUGCACGAAGGAUGCUCCAGCUCAGCUCCCUGGCAGUUUCCUGGCAAAUGCUGUCCCAAAACACAGCUCUCUCUGGGAAUAUGAGUUUUCUCACUUGACCUAACAGCCUCCAUUGGCUGCUGCCUGCUCUGAGGCGCAGGCUUGGGUGGAUGCCUCUGCCCAGCCCUCGGAGCCCUGGCACGCUCCUGACACCACCCCGGGGUGAUUUAUGAGGUGUGGGGGUCACGAGCCACCAUGACCCACCGCUGCAAGAGAUCCUCCGGUCUCUGGAAGAUCGCGGUGUGGGAUGAGCCUUUUUUCCAGGGCAAGAAGCAUGAGUUCACCACCGACUGCUACAGCACCCUGGAUCAUGGCUUCAGCACCGUCCGCUCCUGCAGGAUCGAGAGCGGGGCGUGGGCAGGCUUCGAGCACUGCGGUUUCCAGGGGCAGCAGUUUGUGCUGGAGCGCGGCGAUUACCCGUGCUGGGAGGCGUGGAGCGGCAGCAACGCCUACCACGUGGAGAGGAUGUGCUCCUUCCGCCCCAUCGCCUGCGCCGACCACGGGCGCAGCCGGCUGAUGCUCUUCGAGCAGGAGAACUUCCAGGGCAAGCGGGCAGAGAUGAGCGACGACUGCCCUUCCCUGCCCGCCCUUGGCUGGGGCAGCAGCACCGUGGGCUCCUUCCUUGUCCGCUCCGGCGCGUGGGUCUGCUCACAGUACCCGGGGUACCGAGGCUUCCAGUACCUCCUGGAGAGCGACAGCCCCGCAGGCGAAUACAAGCAUGUGCGGGAGUGGGGCUCCCACGCACAGACGGGACAGGUCCAGUCUAUCCGCAGGGUCCAGCAGUAACCGCGGUGCCGGAGCCCCUGCACCACCGGCCACGUGCCCUGGGCACCAUCUGUCCCACGGGGCAGUGGGGGCAAAACUCAAUAAAGGCUCAGUUGUCCAAG